CAAAACAUUCAUCCUUGGUGAACAAAAAUAAAACAUUCGAAAAUUCAGUGACGGCAACCAUCCGAUACCGUGUGCCUAAAUACCGCCCUCAAAAUGUCCGACGAGGAUGUCAUUCUGAUCGAAGAUUCGCCGCAGCGGAAAUCCAUCAGCUGCGAGCAAAUACCGGAACUCUUCCUGGACAAACUGGUUGCCAAGAAGCACUUCAGCCAGUUCGGGCGAAUCAAUCGCUUCAUACUGCGCCCGAAGCGACUUUCCUGCACGGUAGAAUACGAGAGCCCGGAAGCUGCGGAAGCGGCCCUGGCCCGGGGCGGAGCGUUCCGCGACUGGAAGUUCAAUGUGUACUGGACGGAUGAGGCGCCGGCGGCCGGUGCCGCGUCGUCCGGUAGGGACGAAGGUUUCAUUGAUCCGGAGGUGCAACAGGAGCUGGACACCAUGAGCGGAGGGCCAAGCAGUUUGCGGAUCAGACAGACCAUGAAGCAAUCGAUCGAAUCGUUUCUGAAGAAAACAGAGCGCUUUCUGGCGCCUCCCAUAGUGGCCCCUCCGAAACAACUGAGGCCACCGCCGAUGGUUGUGGCUGCAGCGGCGCUGCCAAGGGAGUCUUCCGUGGUUUCCGGCGAUCCGAAGGCCAUCCAAGCCAAGUUGGAGUUCGAGUCGCUGGCCAGGAAGGCGGCAAUGACGGCGGAAGAGCGUUUUCGGGUGCUGGAGGCACGUGACAAGUACAUUCGGCAUACGACCGACCGGACGACGGACAUUCGGAAGGCCAAGAGUACACAGGGAACGUGUGAGGACAUGUGUCCGGAGAAGGAACGAUACAUGAGGGAGUGCAAGUUCCAGGUGGCGUCGUAUGAGGCGGGCGAGAAUUCCCAACAGAUGGAUCACGAGAAGGCGAUCAAGCAGUAUUCGAGGAGUUCGGCGGAUCAAGAGGCGCCGUUGGCGAUCGAGCUGCGUUCCGAACAGGGGCUGGAACUGGCCAUGACCUAUUUGUUGACGAGGAUCGCGGAUUUGUGUGAGGAUGAAGAGGCCAACUUGAGCGAUUGGUUCCACUUCGUUUGGGACCGGACGCGUGGGAUUCGGAAGGACAUUACCCAGCAGGAGCUGUGUUCGGUCAGAGCGGUGCGUUUGGUGGAGCAGUGUGCGAGGUUUCACAUCCACUGUGCGGCUCGGUUGGUCGCCGAAGAUCCGUCCGUGUUCGAUCAGAAGAUCAACACCGAGAACAUGACCAAGUGUCUGCAGUCGCUGAAGUAUAUGUACCACGAUUUGGGGCUGAAGGGCAUCCGCUGUCCGAACGAGGCUGAGUUCCGAGCUUAUGUCGUUCUGCUGAAUCUGAACGAUGGCAACUUCCUGUGGGAAGUGAAACAGCUGGCCGCAGAUAUUCUGCAUUCGAGGCAAAUCCGGUUUGCGCUACAGGUCUACUUCGCUCUGGAGAGUAACAACUAUGCUCGAUUCUUCCGGUUGGUUCGCCAGACGACCUACAUGAACGCCUGUAUUUUGUUGCGUUAUUUCAACCAGAUCCGGACACGUGCCCUGGAGACCAUGCUUAGGGCCUAUACGUACCGUAUACCGGCCAGCUUCUCCUUGGAACACCUCACGGAUCUCCUGGCGUUCGAGGAUACCGAAGCAGCCGCCGCAUUUCUGGAUGCCUACGGUCUUCCGGUCGAUGAAACACUUGGAACCGUACUGAUGGACCCCAAACAGUACGACCGACCGGAAAUACCCUAUCAGCUGGAAAGAGCCUACAACCUGGUCGAGAGCAAGCGAAUUUCCAGUGUCGGAGAAGUCAUAUCCGGAGAACCCUUGCAAGACGAAUCCAUCCUGGACAAUCACCAGCUCGAAAUUAGCUUCUCGCCAUCGGGAUACUUCCGGGAUGAUCUGCUCCGCACAAUCUUGAAGCCCGUUAAACUUCCGGAACCGUCCAGUCCAUCGCCAUCCACCUCCGACGACGACAAACUAUUCAAAGUACCCUCCCCAACGUCAAUCUCGCCGAAACCGCUCUUCCCGAAACCGACUCCCACCGGAAAUAACCUCUUCCAGCCGCCGCGCAAUUCAUUCAAAAUCGAAACCAACUCUCCCAUCCCAUCAGCUCCGUCAGUUUUCUCCCAGUCCAGCCCCACAUCCCUAUCCGGAAUCACUCCUCUACCGAAAACCACUGAUCACCCCCCUUCGAAACUGGCCACUUCCUUCGGAACCAAUCUUUUCGGAAACGUUGCCUUCAAGGCACCGCAGACCAACAUUUUCGGAAGCUUCGCCGCACCAAAACAGGAAGUGAUAAGCGGCGCCUCGAUUUUCGGCGGUCCAAAAUCGAUUGACACAAGCGCUCUGGUCGCCGCUCGGCAGCAGCAGCAGGAGGAAGCGGAACGGAAACGGAAACAAGCCGAACUUGAGGAGGAAGCCCAGCGGAAACGCCGCGAAGAGGAGGAACUCCGUCGCCAACGGGAAGCGGAAGAGGAGCGCAUCCGGCAAGAACUGAUCGCCCGAAAGGAAGCGGAAAUCCGACGGCUGAAGGAACUGGAGGAAGAAAGCCGACGCCAGCUGGAGGAAACGGUCCGGAAGAUGUCGGAGAAGAUCUACGCCGAACUGGUGGACGAUGUUUGCGGCGAAGACGUGACCAAAGUGGCCACCUCCUGCUACAAUCAGCACCAACUGCUGGAAAAGUACCCGAAGAAGCUGCUGCAGGAGUUGGAGGAAGAGAUUCUGCGGGAGUACCUGGAACAAACUGUCCGGGAGGAAACGCUGGUCAAGAACUGCCAGGAAAAUCGGCAGCAGAAUGUGAUGCGCAAGUAUUUCCGCCGGUGGCGAAACAACGUCCGGGCCGUGAUGGACAACCGGAUGCAGAUCGAGAACAGUCCGGCUUGGAUUCCGGAGCGGGCGCUCCCGGAACAGGCAAGGGAAUGCUACCAGGAGCAUCAGACGUUGAGUUUGGCCAAUAUGAAGCGCUACGUCGGAGGGAUGCCCAAGGUGUUCCAGCUGCCGGAACGACGGGAGGAGCCUAUGGAUGUAUUUGAAAUCGUACGAAAUGGGAUUCCGUCGGGGAAACGAAAGGACUCGAGGGGGUUCAUCCGGAAUCACGUGUAUUGGAAGGUGUCGAUCUCGAUUCCAUACAAACAGGAGGAGGAUUCGUCCGGGUUCUACUACUUUAUCAGCAAAUGGUUGAAGAGCCUGUUCAAAAGGACUUCGGAGAAUGAAGGCAAGUGCUUCUUUUUGGAAGCCCAGGAGAAUAUGAUAGCCCGCGAGCGACUGGUGGUGUGCAUGAGACUCCUCAAAGGCACCGCCAUUCUAGACGAACUGAACGCCGAAGAUCAAGAAGCCUUGGAUAACUCGGACGGCCUUGUAUUCCUGCUCACAUCCAACAACAUCCCGAAGUCAAAAGAACGUCUGCAUAAUCUCCUACGAAAUGCAGAUUCUUGGGGUCCUCUUCCGGUUACAAUAAUCGCCUACAACUACCAUCCGUCGGCGGAUGAAUGCCUGGAAGAACUUCUUGAUCUGGACCUUCUCUUGGAAGAGGGCAAGCUCAGCGACUACGAAGUAAUCUACCACCACGAAACCAACAGGAAACCGCUUCAUCAAGCACUGGUCGCAUCGCUGAACUACCUGGCCUCCUGUUACAAUCCGGACUCCCCGCUGGAGAUGCAAUCCCAAACGGCCUUCAUCGGAACCUGCCUCGGGGAAGAACUGUGGCACCGCUUCCGCUUGUCCGCUCAACAGAACCCAAAGCUCUACGAAGCCUGUCAAGACCUGCCCUUCGUCCUCGACCUAUUCAACCGAGCGGUCGACCGCGUUUGCAACCUGGUCCAGCACAACCUCGCCGCCUAUCCGGACUUCCCGGCCGAGUUCAAACCCUUCGUUUCCAAGCGCCGCUUCGAUAUCCCCCUGGAUCUGGAAUACUUCCCCAAAGACUGGCGCAAUCCGGAGCGACAACAGAAACUCAUUCGCUUCUUCUCCCACCUAAAGUUCAAAUCCAACCCCUUCGAACCCACCAGUUCCAAAUCCCUCCAAGACUUACAAUCCCAGCUUCUACUCUUCAUCCAGGCGUCGCUCCCGAAAUCGAACGACAAAUCCGCCCGUCGGCUGCUCGCACUUACCACCCAGGAAAUCCUCCGCUCGCUACCCAUCGGAACUCCUUUCGCACAAGCCAUUCCAACCCUAAACUGGCUCCAACCCAUUUCCAUCCUAUCCAACGAACUGCUCCGACUCCGCUGGAGCGAAGCCCUGACCCAACUGCCCUGCGAGAUCAUCUACCACAAGCAGGAAUACGAGAGCUACACCCGCUCCCUCUGGUGGUUACCUCAGCUGAAAACCCUGAAACGACGACCUACCUCCAGCAACGAUCUGACCCUCAACGACGACGCGGAACCGGACCACGCCGACAUCGACUCGCUGGAUGGUGGCGCCAUCGCUGCCACCAUUACCCCCAAAAAGAUGCGCCUGAACUUCACCCUGGCCAAGGACGAUCUGGACGAAAUACUGGCCCGGGGACGGCGCUGUCUGGAACGGGCAGACGAGAAGCUGACCCUGUGCCGGGAGCGCACGCAGCAGAGCCGCGAUUUGGCCAACAAAUUGGACGGCAGGUUGUACGAGCAGGAGAAGACCUUCCGGGAGAACCGCUGGACGUGGGAGGCGAACUUCCGAUAACGGUUCGCCGCGCUGUUCGAUUAGUUCUUUAAGUUAGUUUUCGACGUUUGUAGGUUCAAAUAAAGACGGUUUUUUGUCUCGAUCAA